AUGGCUCCAAUUAGAAGUGCCAAGAAGAUGAAAGACAAGGUUGAAGUGAUGAUAACUCCUCCUUCAAAACUUCCCCUCCACGAUAAAUACUUAAAUGCCGGUCCAUUACGUGGAAGAAAGCCGGGUGAGGUAACCUUUUCUAUCAACGAACCAAGAGACAACGAUGAUGAGUCGUCUGAAUCUUCACGUUCAUCCUCUCCUGUUAUUUCUGCGGAAGGUACCAAUGAGGAAGAAGAUGAGAUACAACAAGAACCUCACGUACAAGGUGACGAAGAGGAAGAACAGAGUGAUGGUGAUGGUAAUGGUGAUGGGGGGGAUGACGGUAAUGGUAGUGAAGAGGAGGAGGAAGAAGAGGGUGAUGGUGAUGGUAAUGGUGAUGGGGAGGAUGACGGUAAUGGUAGUGAAGAGGAGGAGGAAGAGGAUGAAGGAAAUAAUGGUUGCGAUGAGAAGGAUGAUGAUGAUGAUGGUGAUAAGGAUAAUCAAAGUAAAGAUGAUGUUGAUAAAGAUGAUGAGGGGGAUGAAGGUGAUGAUGGUGGUAAUAAGGUGGGUGAAGAGAUUGAGCAGCCGAAGACUAAGAAGAGGGUAAAGAAGGAUGAAACAAAUAUUGCACCUAGCGCGAGACAUAUUCCCCCAGAAGAUUUGUAG